GAAAUACUAAUUAAAAAAAAAAAAGAAGCAAAAAGAAUCAAAAUUUUAAGGAGAAGAAAAUGGCGAAGGAGGAGAGGGAAGAAGGCUCAGAAGGAUCCAUUGGUGAUUUUAUAAUCAUAGAAGAUCAUAAAAUAGGUAGUUCUCAACAUCACCGCCUUGACCCACCCCUUCCAUCGCUUCUCCGAUCUAUGCAUAUUCAGCACAAGAAAAAAAAAAAAACAAAAAGAGCCGAAAAGAAUAAGGAAACCGCAUCGGCAAUGACGCCGGAGGCGACUUCGAGCAGUGGAGUUAGGGAUAUUGCAGCAAAUAUAUAGGAAGAAGAUGAAGGCUGCGGGCUGCCUGCGUCUAAAUUAGGGUUAGGGUUUAUGGGGUUUGUAAUUUUGGGAGGACAAGCUUGUUUGGGCUUUUAAGAAACUGCCAUUGUCGGUAUUUGGGCUUUUGAUUUUUGAAGGCCUUAUUAAAUGUUAUUGGACUUC